CCUCUGCGUCCGAAAGAGCCGGUGUUUUACUGGAAGACGCUGCGCCGAACAGGUGUCGGAUGUUAUCCUCUCCAUUGAGACACAGACAUCAUUUCAGCUUUCCAGGUCCAACUGGGAAAAUUCUUCUCUUGGCUUUCCUUAUCCUGAGAAACAACCUGAAGUGUAUCGUUUCAACAUUUGGGGCGACUCGGUUUCCUUUGAUCCACCUUAACUCCUCAACCAAAAAGUCCCUGACCACAUAAGAAGAAAUUGAGAUCUCCAUCUUUUUGCCUGGUCUUGCCAGCUGCUAUCUAGCUACAGCAUGGCAGACAGUCGACAGCCAGACGAUGGUUCCCCACAAUGGGAACCAUCAGGGGGGCAAGAACCAAAUGUUACACAUGGAGCAAACAGCUACUCUUCAACAGCCUACAGGACCUGCCAGAGUGGCGGGACUCACAUGACCACAGCUCCUUACACUGCAAGAGAGAAUGGAUUUAAUGGAGAGCUUGCUGGGGCUCCUGCUAUAACCGCAGAGCAAGUUUCGGCACGGAUUGUUCAAGAAGUAACGGCAGAGGCAGUGGCGGUGCUAAAGGGAGAACAGGAGACUCAGCGGCUGCCAUCCGUUGAGGAUACCACCAAUUUGCCUCCCUCCCCUCCCCCUUCACCUGCAGCUGAACACUUUGGUCCCUUGGAACAAGAUGUAGGGGAUGAGGAGGAGGCAGGUCCUCUCCGCCGCUUCCAAAAUUCUCGGGAGAGGUGCAAGUUCCUCGCCCCCUCCAUCUCAGUUUCCGUGCCUGAGGACGACCCCUACCACUCCGACGAGGAGUACUAUGACCACCCAUUGUUCAGCCCAGAGUGGACGCACUCAGGCGCUCGCCCCACUGGGCACGCCGUGGCCUUUAGACAGAUUGAAGAAGAGACCAUGGAGGCUCUUACAGCUGAAUACGAGGAGGAUGAGGAAGAGGUGGAAGAGGAGGAGGAGGAGAGUGCAGAAGCGGCAGUGUCCGAGGCAGCUCUUGAUGAGCAGCAGUGGAGUGGGGAAGAGCCCGAGAUGGACAGCCCCAAAGCUGAACCCUUAGAUCAGACAGAAGCCUUAGAGGUGGCACAGGAUGUAGACCUGGGGCAGUCUGAGGCAGCUUGUGCAACCACAGAAAGCUCUGUGGACAGAGAGGAGGAGGAGGAGGAGGAGGAAGAGGAGGAGGAGGAUGCAGAGGGUGAGGAAAGCCAUGAGACAGGUGUGUCCUGUCCUCUGCUCUCCCUGCCUGCAUGUUAUUGCAUUCUAUCCUCUUUGAAGAUGGAUGCAGACAAGCAAGAGAGUGAGUCCAUGAGCCCUGACAGCAUUGGAUCGGAGAAGCGCCCUGAGGAGUUUUUUGAGCCACAGAUGCAAGGGUUCUUUGCUGGUGAACGAGUUGUACCAGAAAGCCCAACCAUGGAAAUGCCAUCCUUUGUGCCUCCAGAUCUUCAAACCCAAGUAAAAGAACCAGUGAAAUCUCUCACACUUCAGCCUACAUAUGGUGAGCCAAUCACAGUGUCAGAAAAACAGCCAUCAGUGGAGGUGGUGGAAUUCAGCAGCAUCACUGCCCCUUCAGAUUUCUCUUCGAUGGGAGUUAAAGUUGAAGGAGCAGAUGCAACCAGAGAGGCCAGAGACAAGUCAGGCAUGUCAGCAUACUUUGAAACCUCAGCUAUGGAGGUUAAGGAAGGUACAGAAAGUAAGGGUGAGGAUUAUUACGAACUGAGUCGGUCUGGUGAAAAGAAAAAUGAAAAUGAUUUCAAGUCCCAAGAAGUCAGCUACAGCACACUUGUAGAAACGAAGGAUAAACCAGAAACAAAAAAGCCUCUGUCUGGAGACACUGGCAUGUUUGCAAAUCCCGAUAGAAGUAAUGAAUGCAGACUUUCACCUGGUAAGCUUGCCUUAGAGCAGAGGAGUUACUCGCUUAACAUCACCAUUGGAGCAACAGAUCAGACUGGACAGGGAAGGCAAAGAAAUUUCACCCCCUUGGCCACUGACAUUAUGUCAUUUACAAGUGGAAGUCUUGAUGAGUCAGCUGACUACCUUCCAGUUUCUACACCUUCUGUAGAUAAGCCUCCAUCAUUCCCUCCACUGAUCCUGGAGACUGCAGCCUCUGUCACAUCCGAUUCCUCUUCACCUCCUAGAACUGCUGAACCACCAAUAAAAGUUAGUCCAGAGCCUGAAUCUCCUGAAUCACCAGAGCCAAAUAAAGGUUCAUUUAAAAAUGGAUCAGUAAUGACACAGGACUUACCAGAGAUGCUAGACCUUGCUGGUACUCGGUCCAGGCUGGCAUCAGAAAACACAGACCCCGAAAUCAUCCAGAAAAAGUCAUUCCAAGAUGAUUCUCCUACCUUUACUGAGAACCCUCUGGCUAAUCUGACUUCAGGGGAGCUGAGUCCUGGGGUAAGAAAAAGUGAUAGCCAGCUGGAAGAGAUGGGCUAUUGUGUGUUCAGUGAAUAUUCUGGGCCAAUGCCGUCCCCUGCAGACGUGCUAAGUCCUACCACAACCUCUCGACAAGUCUUUACCCCUUCUGUACUAGAGGAGAAAGUGGCUGAGCAGGCGAGAAAAUUGGCAGUAAGAGACACCUCCAUGGAAGACAAGAGCCAGUCAUCUGUAGAUGCUGAUGUUCAUGAGGGGGAAGACCAAAACCAAGCAGGAGACAAAGAUUCAGUUGAGGAAAGCACGAAAUGUGAUGCAAAUGAUCUGCUGAUAAAACCUGUGAGUGUGACACCUCCUACUCACCCAAGUGAGCCCUUCGUGACACCAACUGUCACUGUGACUCUGGAGGAAGGUGAGAGGUCAGCUAGUGAGAUGGAACGUCAAGCCAGUGGUGAAGCUUCAGUGACAGAAAUUGAGAUAGCAGACUAUGAGAGACAGAUCCGCAAGCUGGAGAUGGAGGACAGACCUCUGAGUCUGGAGGAGGAGCGAGAACUGCAGGAACUAAGAGAAAAAGUGAAGCUUGUGCACCAAGAGGCCUAUGAGGAGGUCGAUGCUGAAGAUGUUUAUCAGCUGACUGGGAUGGCUAAGGACCGCAUUGCCAGACCUGUGAAAACAUCACCUACUUCAUCUGUAGAGAGCAACAUUGAUGAUGACAAACUGCUUUCCCCAGUACUCUCACCCUCAAAACUUAAGCAAAAAGAAUUGUAUGGUUCACCGAAAAGAUCAGCUUCGCCUGUGUCAGGAAUAAGCAGAGAUGAAAGGCCUGAACAAGAGACAAAAAUUAAGGAAGACCAAGAGAAGGAGGCAGCUGAGCAGAUAAAAAAACAAGAGGAUGAAAGAAAAAUCAAGGAGGAAGCAGAAUUAAAGGCAAGAGAGGAGCAAGAGAGAAGAGAGAAAGAAGAGGCAGAAAUUCAAGGGAAAGAGCUAAAAGACAGAUUGGAGAAAGAAAAGAAAGAGAAAGAGAAAGAAAGAAUGGAAAGAGAAGAGAAGGAACGGGAGGAGAAAGAAAGAAUGGAAAGAGAAGAGAGGGAACGGGAGGAGAAAGAAAGAAUGGAAAGAGAAGAGAGGGAAAGGGAGGAGAAAGAGAAGAAAGAAAGAGAAGAGAGGGAAAGGGAGGAGAACGAGAAGAAAGAAAGAGAAGAGAGGGAAAGGGAGGAGAAAGAAAGAAAGGAACAAGAAGAGAGGGAACGGGAGGAGAAGGAGAAGAGAGAAAAUGAAGAAAGGGAGAAAGUUAGAAAAGAAAAAGAAGAGAAGGACAGGAAAGAAAAAGAGGACAGACAGCAAAAAGAAAUUGAAGAAAAGGAAAAUAUGGAGCAAGAGGACAGAGAAAGGAAUAAAAGAAUGGAACAAGAGACGGCAGACAAUGUGUUGAAAGAGAAGAUGGAAAAGGUGGAGCGGGGAAAAAAUGAAAAUGAGGAUGAGGAAAAGGUAGUGAUGGAAUUCACUGAGGAGAAAGAGCAACUUCAAAUGUCUGAGACUGACAAAAUAGCUUCAGAUAAGAUAGUGGCAGAAGAGGGAAUGCAGCAAACAGAUAAUAAAGAUCCAUUGAAAGAGGAGAGUAAAGGAGCACAGGUGCAAAAGGAAAUACCAGAGACCCAUGCCGCCAUUGAAUCAGUGGUCAUGGUUGAAGAUGAUUUCAUCACUGUGGUACAAACAAUCGAUGAAGCCGAAGAACCAGGUCACAGCGUUCGUUUCUCAGCCCCACCUGAGGCCGAGGCCCUUUGUGUUGGUGCACAAAAAGAAGAAGAACAUGACGAAUCUGUGGAGUUGGCUCAGGAAGCAGACUUAGAAGCUCUAAGCCUUGAGGAAGUAGGAGAAGUUCCCGAAACACCUGCCUCCCCAGCACAGGAAGCUCGGACCAGAGAAACAGAGGUACCGUCUGAAAGCUAUGAUAGAGAUGAAACAACAGUAGAUGACUCCAUCCUUGACAGCUCCUGGGUUGACACACAAGACGAUGACAGGAGUAUGGCAACAGAACAGAUCGAGCUUUUACCUGAGGUACCCAGUCCAGCUAAGAAACCUGUUGUGGUCCAGAGCAAUUUGACAAAACAGCGGAGUACGGAAAAACGAGAGAAAUCUGUCAAACCCAAAAGUAAAACAGGGCGAGCCAAAGGUCGCAUCUCAACCCCUGAGCGCAAACCUGUUCGAAAAGAGCCCACCUACAUUCCCAAAGAGGAGCUCAAGAAGAAAAAAGCUAUCAUAAAGAAGACUGAGUUCAACAAAAAAGUUGAGACUCAAACUCUUUCUCCAUCCAAGCGAAGCACCAUGAAGCCAACAACCCGUCACAUACGGCCCAUCCAGCAUCACUCCUGCCCAAGAAGGAGACCCACAGAAUCCCUAUCAGAAGGGCGCCAACCUCUUAGCGUUGCCAGACAGUCCAGAGACAGAGCAUCAGAUGGAGGGUCACGGAGUCCGGUAAAAAGAUACUCUGUUCCACGGCAUGCCUCUGUCCUGGGUCGCCUUGGCUACAAUGAACACGAGGAAAGUUCUACCUCCAUUACGAGCUCCGGAUCAACUGCUCCCCGCAGACCCACAUCAUUUCGCACUGAAAUGAGAGCAGAGCAUAGGAUAGGACGAGCUCCUAGUAUGACAGUUGCAGAAUCUAUGCGUUCUCGUUCCGCACGCAGUGGCCAUUCCACCCCUCGUACCCCAGGCUCUACAGCCAUCACCCCAGGAACCCCUCCUAGCUACUCUUCAUCUUCUAGAACCCCUGGGACCCCACGCUCCCUUAGUUUGAUCUCCCAGGAGAGAAAAGUGGCAGUGGUCCGCACACCACCAAAGUCACCUGCAACCACUCCUAAGCAGCUGCGCAUCAUCAACCAGCCACUGCCCGACUUCAAGAAUGUCAAGUCAAAGAUCGGCUCAACAGAGAACAUCAAGUAUCAGCCAAAAGGAGGACAGGUCUUCAUCCCCACUGUUAAACUGGACUAUAGCCAUGUUCAGUCUAGGUGUGGGUCCUUGGACAGGCGGGGCCACUCAGCAGGAGGUGGACACAUACAAAUACAGAACAAGAAGAUUGACUUGAGCCACGUGACCUCCAAAUGUGGUUCUCUUGACAACAUCCAUCAUCGGCCAGGAGGUGGUAAUGUGCGAAUCGAGAGUGUGAAGCUGGAUUUUAAAGACAAAGCUCAAGCCAAGGUGGGUUCACUGGAGAAUGCACAUCACAUUCCUGGUGGAGGGCACAUUAUGAUUGAGAGCCACAGGUUGACAUUUCGCGAGCAUGCAAAGGCCCGCGUUGACCACGGAGCUGAAAUCAUCGUCCAAUCCCCUGGUCUGUCAGGCUCUGUCUCUCCCCACCAACAAAAGGGGAGCCAGCUCUCAUCCUCUGGCAGUCUCAACAUACAGGAGUCUCCACAGUUAGCAACCUUGGCCAAGGAUGUCACCGAUGCCCUAGCCAAGCAGGGCUUGUGAACAUUAGAUCUCUGGAUUGCUGCUCUGCAUCCAAGACAUCCUCCCUUUUUCAAACUUUUCUGCCCUCAAUUGCCAUCUUAAAACAAAAUGGUCACCGCUGAUGCUCAGCAAACAGAGUUCUUAACUUCUUUAUCUCAAAAUACAUCAUUAAACUCUAAGCUGAGACUAGAUUUAGAAGCUACUGUGUUUUUAGUUCUCUAUUUUUAACCCUAAACAUGUGUUUUUCCUGAUUUCUGUUAUGGAUAUUACUUUAUGUUUUGAACAAUGUUUUGCAUAAAGUUAGACCGGGCAUUUGCUCUAGAUUAAGUGGUAUAUCUGUUAACGCUGGCUUUGCAGGUCUUGGAUCAGUGUUUUGAAAAAGUGACAGCAUUUUUUUCUACUUCACACUAGAGAUUGUCUGAACACCCCCUUUUUGUUCCUGCUCAGUAAACAUGCAUGAUUAUCAGAGCCCCCAACAAGCAUCCUCAUUCAGAGACAGCAUUUGGACUCAAUUCAUAAUCUAUUUAAAAACAACAUCGAGAUAUCUUUAAAAUACAACUUGCUUCCCAUCCACACACCUACACAUUUUUAAACGAAGCAAAAAAAAAUGGCUCUGAGAUAUUACCUUAAAAUGGCAUUUAUGCAAGAACCACAUCGUGUUAUAACAAGCAUGUAUGAAUCCACUAUGAAAAGAGGCUCUUUUGUAUUUAAGAAAAAAAAAAAUUUUAGUAAAUCAUUCUUCAUUUAUUGGAUAAAGGUAAACAAGUUCAUGUUUUGUAGUUAAUAGAUGUUUUACAGUGUAAAGCUUGGUGACAAUGUCCGAGACUGAUCUGGUGUUACUGAGGGAGGCACCUCCGUCCUGUCAACCUUACUCACUUUUACCUGCUCAGUAGAUCUUUGUAGUUUCCUGUAUAAGAGCUCAUUUCGCAAAUAUUCAACCUAGGAGGAAAUUCCUCAAGGAGUAUUAGGAAACACCUAUAAAAUUAGCUGUUUCAUUCAUCAAAAUGAUAUGCUAAUUGAUGUCUGAUUCACAGAAGAAUAGAUAUUACAGAUGAUGCCACUACUCAAAAUUCUGUGUGUGCUGGGGGUGUGUGUUUGUUGUUUGCGUUUGGUGCAGAUCCCUUGCCGUUUUAAGGAGGGAUGCCUCUGUAUCCAACUUGUUUGUUGUGAUGUGUAGGAUAAAGAAAUUGUUAAAAGAAAAGAAAAAAAAAACUUUUUAAAAGCCUUAAGAAGAAAAAUACUCAUUGUUGAAAAUGUACACUGGGGAGAAAGAACUCAGUCAGCUCCUGUUAUAUCUGUUUGAACAAAAUGUUUGGGUGAUCUAGGUUUUUUUUUCUUUCUGACACUGUUUGUGGUUUGACCCGCCUCCUGCCUAGCUACUGCCCUCAACUGCAAAUGUUUGUUUGCUUCUGUGUUUUUCUGCAUUUCCCAUUUCCGUGUACCUCUCCUCCCCGGGCCCUGCUCCACCCUGCAGCAACUCUUAAUGUAUUUAAAAGGUCAAGUAGAUGUAUGCAGUUUUUCUCCUGUUGAUAUGACACCAAUUAUGAUGAUUAAUGACAAUAAAAAUAACAAAAUGUGACAUUGAUCUUGUUGUUCUGUUUUUAUUCUCUAUCAUUGAAGAUAUCAACGGGAACUCAAAACAUCCAUCCAACCAUCCAUUUUCUGUCACGCUUAUCCCAACUGGGGUCACGAGGGUUACUGGUGCCUAUCUCUAGCUGUCAUGGGCGAGAGGCAGGGUACACCCUGGACAGGUCACCAGCCUAUCGUAGGGCAACACAGAGACACACAGGACAAGGCAGCAGAGCUACCCACUGUAUCACUCCUCACUGUGCAGCCAAUUCAAAACGUGUGUAUGGAAUUUCUAAGUUCAUACAUGUAAUUCCUUUUAAGCAAUCAGUGGAACGGUUUUGGAGUUUCACUCCUGGACAGGACAUUUUUGUCAUUUUGGUAAUAUUCCAGGGGUGAAAUAAGAAAAUUCCAAAAUAAAUCCAACAAAAUCCGAUAUGAAAGCUUAAAAAAAACAACUCUUUGGAUUUUUCAUCCUUUUCAGUUUGACAUAAAAAUCUACAUUUUAAGCAUUUUUCUUCU